AGAGAAAGGUUGAGUCCGAAAAAAAGAUUCGUCGGUUCCAGGCGCUGUGUCUCCAGGGGAUUUCCAAGCGCUGGGAAGCGCCUGGCAGCUUCUCGAGGGGCCAAGCUGACCUGCCCCCUUGGGCCGGGGGUGGGCUGCAUGACUCCUCCCGUCCCCAGGUCACCGGGUAGGGGGAGAGGGAAGGGGAAAGAGAAGGAGAGGAGCGACUCCUAGAAGCCCCAGAGCGACGGACCCAAGCGUGAGCCGGUGGCGCCCUCUGCCGGCAGGCGGCACCACACCCAGGACCUCUUCCCCUUCUCCUUCCGGCCCCUCCCUCCGCCUUCCCCUUUGACUCCCCCCCACACCCGCUCCGCCCUUGAUUCCAAGUCUCUUGAUCCCGCCUCUCUCUCUACUCCAGUCUCUCUAUUGGCCUUUACUUUUCCCUCCGUCCUUCCGUCCCGUUAUUACCAGGCCGGCCUCGACUGUCCGUAUCCGCUCUGGACGGCUUGUCAAUAAAGUUGUUUCUCUGGCCUCGCGCGGCCGCUUCUGCGCCCCGUCCCCCUCCUCUCGCGAGAUCCGGCGGCAGUUGUGGGCGGCAUGGCUGCAGCUGCGGCGGAGGCGUCUAAUACUCGUGGCGCCGCGAUGGCGGCGGGCUUAGCUCCAGUCCCCGAACUCUCUGUGGAUCCGGGGGAACCCGGACAAGGCCGGAGCCUGCGCACGGCGCACGACGUGGGGGGCCCGCGGGCGCGCACCGGGGACGUGCUGCUGGCCGAACCGGCCGACUUCGGGUCGCUGCUGCUUUCGCGGCCGGUGCUGGAGGGGCUGCGGGCGGCCGGCUUCGAGCGGCCCUCGCCGGUGCAGCUCAAGGCCAUCCCGCUGGGCCGCUGCGGCCUGGAUUUGAUCGUUCAGGCUAAGUCUGGCACCGGGAAAACCUGCGUGUUCUCCACCGUGGCGUUGGACUCGCUCAUUCUUGAAAACCUGGCCACGCAGAUUCUGAUCUUGGCUCCUACAAGAGAGAUUGCAGUGCAGAUCCAUUCUGUUAUCACAGCCAUUGGAAUCAAGAUGGAAGGUUUAGAAUGCCAUGUCUUUAUUGGGGGAACACCUUUAGCUCAAGACAAGACCAGACUUAAAAAAUGCCAUAUUGCCGUUGGCUCUCCUGGCAGAAUUAAACAGUUAAUAGAACUUGACUACUUGAACACAGCCAGUAUCCGUCUUUUUAUUCUUGAUGAGGCAGAUAAACUUCUAGAAGAAGGGAGCUUCCAGGAACAAAUAAAUUGGAUUUACUCCUCUCUGCCUGCCAACAAACAGAUGCUGGCAGUAUCAGCCACCUACCCUGAAUUCUUGGCCAGUGCUUUGACGAAGUACAUGAGAGACCCCACGUUUGUAAGGCUGAAUUCCAGUGACCCAAGUCUUAUUGGCCUGAAGCAGUAUUACAAAGUGGUAAAUUCACAUCCCUUGCCUCAUAAGAUUUUUGAGGAAAAGACCCAACACUUGCAAGAAUUAUUUAGUAGAAUUCCAUUUAAUCAAGCUUUGGUCUUCUCUAAUUUACAUAGCAGAGCCCAGCAUUUGGCUGAUAUCUUGUCAUCCAAGGGCUUUCCUGCUGAGUGCAUUUCAGGUAGCAUGAAUCAAAACCAACGUCUUGAUGCUAUGGCGAAACUGAAGCAGUUCCAUUGCAGAGUCCUCAUUUCAACGGAUUUGACUUCACGUGGGAUUGAUGCUGAGAAGGUGAAUCUGGUUGUAAAUUUGGAUGUGCCAUUGGACUGGGAAACGUACAUGCAUCGGAUUGGCAGAGCUGGACGUUUUGGUACUUUGGGGCUGGCGGUGACCUAUUGUUGCCGGGGAGAGGAAGAAAAUAUGAUGAUGACAAUUGCCCAGAAAUGUAAUCUUAACCUCCUCUGUUUGCCAGAUCCAAUUCCUCCUGGCCUGAUGGAAGAAUGUUUGGAUUGGGAUGUUGAGGUCAAAGCUGCCAUGCCGACAGUUGGCUCGGUUAACGUACCCAUCCAACCCCCCAAAAUAAUUCAGAAGCCAGAUCGGAUCAUUCAGGCCCAGAAAGCUCAGAGUAGCCAUGUGGCUCUGUCGCAGACAGCUUCAGGUCCUACAGGGACAGUCAAGUCAAAGAAAGCUACCAAGCAGAAACACCCAGGGAAAAGCCAUUCUGAAUAUGGAAGCAAAGAAAAAGUGGAGCUCUCCAGGGGGGUGGGCUAUGCCACACAAUUGAAAGAACCUGUAGAGAACUACGUUCAGACCCCUGUUGAAAGUUCCAGCAUCUUUCAGAACCAAGCCAGAGAAGCUUCACUUGCCACACUCCCCAAAAUCCCUUGUCUGUCUUCCUUUAAGAUCCAGCAGCCCUGUGUAGUGACUUUUUCAGAAUUGGUGGAGGAUUAUGAACAUUAUAUUAAGGAGGGACUAGAGAAGCAUGUAGAAAUUAUCAGGCACUAUACUGGUCCUGGGGAGCAGGCCCUGCAGCCCCAAAAUGGUUUAUUAAAAUGGAGACAAACUCAAGAGAGCCCCCGGGCAUUGGUGAGCAGUGGCCGCUCAGAAGAUUCAGCUAGUGACAGUGAUUCCGGCUGCUCGAGAGCAUCAUCCCAGAGCAAAGGGAACAAGUCGUGCCUGGAAGGCUCUUCUGACAACCAGGUGAGAGAAAGCGAACUGGCCUCUGUGACAGGCCAUGCUUCUCCCGAUCAGCCCUUGAAUGGAAGCGAAACCCCAAGUGUGGAGGAGAGCCAAGGUGUCCCUCACAUCCCGAUGAAAGCCCUGGGGAGGGAGGAAGGGGCCAACCAGACCUCUAAGCGCAGCAGGAAAAGUGUUCCCAAGCGGGCACCUCAGCAGCUGCAGUGGGAGCCUCACGAGGAGAGUUGGUGUGAUCACGCUGGGGAGCAACCUCCAGUUUUCCCCACCAAUGCUCAGAGUUAUGAGGAUUACUGGAGAUCCUGCUACUGGGCAUGGCAGGAGUACUAUGCAGCAGCCUCGCAGUCCUAUAGCUGGAAUGCCAAGAGACACUCUGAUUGGAUGGCCGCCUAUCACAUGAACACUAUCUAUCUUCAGGAGUUAAUGCGGGGCGGUGACCUGUGAAAGGUGUCUGGGGGGACUGUCCUGUAGGGGUGGACUUUUUGAGGAACUUUAAAAAGCUUGAGGUUCUGUGAAAUGCUUUUAUUCUUCAGGUUGGUUUGUAUCAGGUGGGGUACUAUUUCCUCUUUCUCUUUUGGGAAAAUUCACAGAUUUGGGCUCUGAAAAAGAGAACUUUGGGCGCAGAGCCUUAGUGCAUCAUUUUCUUACCAUUCUUUCACUGUCCCCCUUAAAAAUAAACUAAACAUAGUACCAUAGCACUCCUUAUUUAAAACACUCUUAAAAUACCACCACCUGCUCCCAAGGAAACAUCGAACGGAGAUGUAAAUAUUAUGAAGGACUUUGUGUAAAAAAAAAAACUUGGUUCUAAUCAGGCUGGAUUUUCAUAGCUAUAAUGUGAAAAUACAGUAUUUUUAAGCAUUUUUUUGAUCAUGAACUCCCUUUUAAAUUGACGUAAGUAGGGAUUUUUUGUAAAGGUGUUUGUUUAAACUUUGUAAAAGCCCAAACAGAAACGAUACUGUUUACUUCCAUAAAAUGAGUUUCUAAAGUUGUGAACCCCCCUA